AUGACUAUAUGCGUGUUAAUACAUUUUUGUGUAUAUACAACGAUCGCAAAUAAAAGAAAUAAAACAAAUAUCUCAAAUAUGUUUAGCAAUAAAAAAAGUAAUUUGCCACCAAGACCUCAUAUUCCGGAUUCUGAAUGUAUGUUAGAAGAUCUUAAUAAUGCUUCUACAGAUGAUAUAGCAUUUAAAAUAAUCGAUAAAGGUGAAUUUUCUGGAGAACAUCCAUUCAACACAAAUCUUUCUAAUACCUAUCAGAAAGUCAAAAUGUAUUUAAAUAUAAAACAACAGUUAAGAUAUUUGGAAACUACUAUUACAGAAAGAGGACAACAGCUGAAGACUGAUAAUGAAGAAAUAAAAAAACUCGCAGAUAAUAUUAAAAAACAAGCACAAGCUGCAUUAAUAACAUAAAUCUUUUAUAUUUAUAAAUUAUAUUGCAGUUAUUUGAUUAAUUCCUUCUAUAAAGGAAAUUGUAGUGUAUAAUUAUUUUAAACUUAAUAUUGUCUUAAUUGUUAAUAUCGGAUAAUAAUUAUAUAAUAAUCAUACAAUGUCAUGUAAUAAAAAUUAGCUAA